AAAGAGUUUAAUUUGAAUAUUUUUACUCUGCCAUCCCUUCCCUAUUAAUCGUAAUGAAGUUGAAGUGGUCACUAUAACAUGCUUGUGUCAUUAAAAUGAAAUUAAGUUCUCUUGAAUGAUAGUGCGAUAACUUUAUAUCGUAGUUCACUCGACAAUUUUGAGAUUCUUCAAAGGAAUUACCGUCACGCCUGAAAAAAGAGUCUAAGUGCACAGAAAUAUAAUCAACAUAUUGAAAGAUAAAAUGCUACCUAAAAAAUUAUUAGUGUACGUAAUUAUAGCGAUGCUCGUCGUAUCGCUCGUCGCCGACGAAGCCAGCGCCGUCAAGAGACGUAGACGACGAAGAAGACGUAACAGGCCAGAAGAUAUUAACGCAGUACGUCGCGGAGCUCGUAGGAAUGGGCGACGUUUACGUCAUGCGACGUCGCGAAGAGAAGAGUUUGUUAAAAGACGGCUGAGAAAAUUCAGAAAUCGAGACGGUGACUACGAAGGCAAGACGAGGCUUGUUGACGGCAGGGCUGAGUUUGAAGGUAACGUGGAGAUCUACCAUGACGGGAAGUGGGGCAAUGUUUGCGACGAUGAGUGGGAUCUGCGCGAGGGCGAGAUUGUGUGUAAAGGCCUCGGCUUCCCCGACGUGAACCAAGUCACCUACAACGGCUUCUACGGACACAUCAGACAUCAGUACUGGUUGGACAACCUCUUUUGUUUCGGUAACGAGAAGAACAUUUCCUCCUGCAAACACGACGGUUGGGGCAAGCACGACUGUCAACCAGACGAGGCGGCUGGUGUGGUGUGCAUGACUCAUUUUUCAACCACAACCGAGCCUCCCACCACCACAGCAGCCGUGCCUCUCAUACCAAUACGGGAUGAACCCGCCAACGUUAAAAGAUCGAGGCUGCAGGACACACUUGGUGGAGACUCCAUGGAGUUAAGUGUGGCUGGAGGACGGGUGCCGGAGGAGGGCCGUGUGGAGAUCUUCAUGCCAGGCUCCAACUCCAGUGGACUGAUCUGUGGAGACGGCUGGAGUCUGCUGGAGGCUGCGGUGGUCUGCAGGCAGCUGGGCUACGGAUACGCUCAGUCUGCGCCCUCUACAGGUUUCUUUGGCGGGAACAUGACACAAAUCGUCCUCUCUGGGGUGAAGUGUCGGGGCAACGAGGAACGUCUCGAUGAAUGUCUUCACGCCGUCCCACAGGAGCCGGGACUCGUCAAGUGCUUGGGACCUCCGGGCGACCUCAACAUUGCCGGGGUCACGUGUGUUCAAAAAAUGGCGGAUCUGGUGCCCGACACACACGAACUUAUGCGCUCCGUACACUUGGAGGACAAACAACUUUUUUUCCUGCAAUGCGCAAUGGAGGAAAACUGUCUUGCAUCAACUGCUUAUGAAAAAGAGCAGAAGAUGGGGUACGGAUGGCACCUGGAGACGCGGCGUCUGCUGCGCUUCACCGCCCGCAUCGCCAAUCAGGGCGACGACGCUUUUCUGCCUUUCCUGCCCAAGCAUUACUGGGAAUGGCAUCACUGCCAUAUGCAUUACCACAGCAUGGAAGUGUUCGCUCACUACGACAUCAUGGAUGCCAAAGGCAAGAAGGUUGCUGAGGGCCACAAAGCUUCUUUUUGUCUCGAGGACAACAACUGUCUGCCAGGGAUUGAACCUUAUUAUAAAUGCGCUAACUUCGGCGACCAAGGCAUCAGUCCGGGCUGCACCGACACCUACGCCUACAACAUCGACUGCCAGUGGGUGGACAUAACCGACCUCGAGCCCGGCGACUACACCUUCAAGCUGUCGGUGAAUCCAGACAUGAAGGUCGGUGAGCAGAGCUUCGAUAACAACGUGGCGGUGUGUCGUCUACAAUACACGACUACCUCAGCCUGGCUGGGCAACUGCUCUCUGCAUGCACCCCAUAACCUACCCCCGUAUCCCGAUGUAGCCGUCAACCUGAUCUAGGGAGGUCAACUUGAUCUAGGGAGGUCAACUUGAUCUAGGGAGGUCAACUUGAUCUAGGGUGGUCAACUUGAUCUAGGGAGGUCAACUUGAUCUAGGGAGGUCAACUUGAUCUAGGGAGGUCAACUUGAUCUAGGGAGGUCAACUUGAUCUAGGAAGGUCAACUUGAGCUAGGGAGGUCAGCUUGAUCUUGCAAGGCAAACCAGAUAUAAUAAGGUCAUCCAGGUAAAAUGAGGUCAACCAGGUAUAAAUAGGUCAACUAUAAAUAAAGAGGUCAACUAGAUAUAUUAGUGUCAACCCGAUAUAAUCGGGUCAAACCGAUAAAAAGAGGUUAACCAGAUAUAAAGAGAUAUAUACAAGAUUUAAUGAGAUCAAUAAGAUAUACUGUAGCGAGUUCAAACAGUUAUGAAAAGGUCAAUCAAAUCUGAGUGUACCAGAUAUAGUAGGUUCCACCAUACCAAUGAGUCAUACAGAUUAUACAAAUCAACCGAAUCUAAUCGAGUCUAUUAGAUCUAACUCAAUCAUCAAGGCCUAAUCAGGUCGGAUUUAUCAACUGUAAAGGUAGACAACAAUAUAGACAAUAAGUGAACAAUAUUUUAUAUUUUGGCUGUCUUUAUGUAAUGCAUGAUAUGUUAAAUUUUAUGCAUGUGAAAUUUAUCUAACACAUACUUUCAAAUGUUCUAUAUAAAUUAUUUACUGUCAGCAAUCACUGAAAGAAGGUUCAUUAUCACUCGAAAAAACUAAUCUGAAAUGUUAGGGUAUUAAUCUCAAGGUCUCUCUUGAGGUCUUCUCAAUCAGGAACUCGAUCAUUCGUAGGAGAAAUCGUAAUCGAUUCAGAAAUAACAUAAUGUCAAAUUUAGAAUAAUUUUUCAUCACUCACAAAUACAUUAUAUACGUUUUGAGAGAUAAAUAACCUGAAUACAGGCACAACUCAUUGUCAAGAAGGCAAAAACCUGUAGAAGCACACUCAUAAUCGUCAUUUUAAAAAAGUUACUGAUAGAAAUAUUUUUUAUGAGUAAUCAGCUCAUUUUCUUUCAUUUUAUUUCUAGAGUGACUUUCUUAAAUGAGCGAAUUUAUAGGGCUCCUGUCUCCGCAAUAAAUAAUAAUUUUAUGAUUUAGUUACAAUAUUUUAUUUUCAUUGAUUAACGGCAAAACAAUUUUACAGCAAAUUCUAGCUCACUCAUCGAUGCAAAAGUGUGGGAAAUUAAAGCACACAGUGAAAUUAAUAAUGGCUGGUGUAUAGAUAAGUCCAGUGUAUAUAUAUUUUAUGUAUAUAUUAUUCAAGGAAAGAUAUCUAAUUUAUCUUGUAGGCGUAUGAUUUUUAUCCAUGUACAGCUCGCCUUUGAGUUUGAUGCCCUCGAAUACGCCGAUGCAUGCAACUUAAAUGCAGAAUGCAAGCUAACAUUUUAUCCGUGCAAUUCGACCGAAAAUUGAAUUUGAAAAUAACCCAGGCAUUUUUUUCGAUCGUUUAUUCUACUCUUGUGGUUUGUUUAUUCUUCAUUUUUUGUCUUAGACUCUGGAGGUGCUAAGCAUCUAAAGCUAUUCUUAAAUUACCGUCUAAUUUUCAUACAUAAAGCUAGACUUUAAAACUUUCGGAGAAAGUAAAAAGUAUACAUUCUAUACAAAAAAUUGUGGAGUUUUAACGAAUAAAACAGCGGUCAUGGACAAUCAAAUAGAAUUAGUUGCCAACAAGACAGUUGUCUAUCAAAUAGUAUUUUUUGCCGACGAAACGCUUGUCAACUAUUAGAAUUAUCGCUAACUAUACAGUCGAAUUCGUCAGAAAAACGUAAAUCGACCUAUUGGCUCCUACGAUAGACAAUAUUCGCCAACAAAACAUACCCAUAGGCAAACAAGACAUCACAAGCAUA